UUUCAUGAUUUCGGUGACGUGUGUCAUGUCAUUAGUUUUUUGCCGAUUAUUCUGAGUUGGAAAAAUGGAAUUAUUUAGAUUUUCGUCGUUAUUUGCGCUAUUUAUCCUAUUGGAUGCGGCGUCAGCUUUGUAUUUCCACAUAGCAGAAGGUGAAAGAAAAUGUUUCAUAGAAGAAAUACCGGACGACACAACUGUUAUAGUGAAUUACAAAGUGGAACUAUAUGACCCAAGAUCAGGCGGGUUUAUGCCUUCGACCCCUGGCAUAGGGAUGCAUGUGGAGGUGCGCGAUCCCAACGAUAAAGUGUUGAUGUCUCGUGUGUACUCGUCGGAAGGCAUGAUCUCGUUCACUUCAGCCACCCCGGGCGAGCACGUCAUCUGCAUGUACUCCAACAGCACAUCUUGGUUCAGUGGAUCACAACUUAGAGUGCAUCUGGACAUUCAAGUUGGUGAGCAUGCAGUGGACUAUGCCAACGUAGCCCACAAGGACAAGCUGACGGAGCUCCAACUGAGGAUCAGACAACUGCUCGACCAGGUCCACCAGAUCACUAAGGAACAGAGUUAUCAAAGGCACCGUGAGGAGCGUUUCAGACAGACUUCAGAGAGCACAAACCAGCGAGUGCUGUGGUGGAGUUUGCUGCAGACCGGAGUCCUGGUCGGCAUUGGCUACUGGCAGAUGAGACAUCUCAAGAGCUUCUUCGAAGCCAAGAAAUUAGUCUAAAUUACUAUUAAUUAUAAUAAACUUUUCUAAGAUUA